UGGCAGCCCCUCUCCUCAGCAUCUCCUACAGACCAGAUGCUUCUACUCUCUAGGGCUGCCUGGAGCUCCCUGUGUUUAGCGGUGGUUGCCAUGGCAGCAGAGCUGACUCAGGACCAGGUGUCGUGGACCAGGAGCAAAGGGAAAGCCGUCUCCUUCAGAUGUACAAACACUGAACAGUGUGGUAGUAAUUAUAUCUACUGGUACCAGAAGAAAGAGAGCGAAACCUUCACCCUGAUUCUCGACAUUGACAAGAGUAAUGGUGAUCUUGAUAAAAGAUACAACCAUCCUCAGAAGGAUGAUUUCUCAUCAGUCCUCAAAGAGAACAGCUGGGAGUUGUUGCUUCAGGAGGUGAAAGCGUCCCAUUCUGCCACCUACUACUGUUCCUGUUGGAUUAGUGGAUAUUUCACUGUGGAUAUCUUUGGUCGCGGUACCACCCUGGUUGUUACAGACAGGUCAGUGGAGCGGCCCAAAGUGAGCGUCUACCCAGCGACGAGAGCUGAUUUAAAGGGCCGGCGCUCCCUGCUGUGUGUAGCCAGAGACAUGUUCCCUGAGGAGGUCCGGGUGUCCUGGAGGAGGAGAGGGGGGGGCGGAGGGGGGGGGGAGGGGGGGGAGGGGGGGGAGCAGCUGGAGCUCAGAGGACCGACAUACGCUGCCAGCAUCCUGGUUAUUGAUCAGGGAGAAACCCUCACAGAUCAAUACAUCUGCAGUGUUGAGCAUGAGAGCGAUCUGAAGGAGGAGAUCCCAGCAGAGUCCCUCCAGGUGCUGUCCAGAGCCAGGCUGGCGUCUGUGCUCUACACAGUGAUGGUGGUGAAGAGUGUGCUCUGCUGCUGUGGCCUGGCUCUCCUGCUCCUCCACACCAACAAGACCAGCAGGACGCCCAGAACCAGCACCACCACAUACUGA